UAUACAUGGCGGGCGACACACGCGACCGACACGAGCGGCGCGUCUCGGGCGAUGCAGACGGCGCACGGGGAGCGAGCGUUGCGGAGGCGCGCGAUGCGCACGGCGUGGGUGUCACGCGCGGCGCUGGCGGUGCGGUGGCUCGCCGCGUCGGCGGCGUGGGAGUUGCGCGCGGCGGAGGCGGCGCGGGUGAUGCACGCAGUACGGGCGGCGCGACUGAGGCGUGCAGCUCUGGCGGCGCGAGCGACCCGGCCGCGGCGGGCGACGCGCGAUGGCGUGUCUGGUUUGCAUCAGAUCUCGUGAUGGCGCGGCGGAUUUCGCUGGACGCCGGCGUUCUCUGGCUCCGACGAGAGGCGCUGCGCAUCGUGCUUCUGGACGAGCACGGGAAGACGGUGGAUGCUCGGUUCCUCCGGGAGGGUCUUCAGCAAGGCGAUGGAGUCAAGGAGCUGCGCAGCGGGGCGGACAUGGUCAGGUCUAGCACUAUGAGCAUGAUGAAGAUGUGCGAAGCGGCGAGGAGGUCGAUCGAAGGAGAAUGAUCUUACAAUCUCGCCUACAUUCAGAGUUGCCGCUGCGUUUCAUGUUGUUCCCCGUUUCUUAUUUGGCUCAUGUGUUUGAGCUUCUGCUGUAAUAGACUGUAGCAUUCCAGGUUGUGGGAUUAUGGUGUUGCCAGGUUUUCGCCCCAUGGCGUUCGUUUCGAUGUCGGGCGAACGCAGUGGGUUUCCUGACAAUGCCCGAACUCGCUGCACCUCUUUCCCCUGUCUCCUGAUGUUUUCUCGGAACUUUGUAUUUCCGUUCGUUUGCAAUGGAAAGGGGUCAUGCCCGGUUCGGAAAAAAAAACCUUGAGGGUUUGUUAGAACUUGAAGUACCCCCGAUGCCAAGACUG